UAAGUUCUUCGGAAUAGACUGCGCUGCAGUCCUUUGAUAUUACAUCUUGACUGAGAGGCAAGAUUGUGCUUGCAAGUAAUCCCAUUGACUUCUCAGGUGUGUAAAGUUACUUGUGUGAGUUUUCAUGAUUUCUUUCUUUUCUACUGUGCUUUAUAAGACAUCUCCCUGUUGACAGUUAACAAAACAUAAGCAUCAUAAAUUAUUCUUCUUAAUUCAAGGUGCAGUCUCCAUGACUGUCAAGUUGCCUUGAGAUUGUAUGCAUUAAGUGCAGUACAAUAUGCCCAGUCCUAGUUUUGCUAUUUAUUUCAGUGGCAGUCAGGAUCAGGCCUAUUAACUAAUAUACCUAACCCUCAUGAGGUGGCAUUAUUCCCAUUUUGCAUAUGGCAAAACCAAAAAAGAGAUGUGAAGUGACUUGUCCAACAUCAAUGACAGAACCAAGAAUGGAAUCCAAUUCUGGCUCCAAGUCUAGUAUCCUUUCCACUGAACCAUAUUGGCUCCUAAAUGAAGUAUUUUACAGAUGGGAACAGAGAGAUUAAGUGACUAGAUGAAGAUGUCAUAGGAUAAUUAUUGCAGAGCUGGGAAAUGAACCCAGUUCCCCUGAGUCCCAAUCCAGUAGCAUAUGCCAGUGUUUCCCAAACUUGGGACGCCACUUGUUCAGGGAAAGCCCCUGGCGGGCCGGGCUGGUUUGUUUACCUGCACACGCGGAAGGUAAACAAACCAGCCCAGCCCACCGGGGGCUUUCCCUGAACAAGCCGCGACCCAAGUUUGGGAAACACUGGCCUAUGCACAGAACCAUUCUGCCUUCUAAAUGGGGCUGUCAGAUGUGGCAGAACACAGACUCAUCUUCCAGUCAUGCACCUUUAAGAUUUUUCUUUGCAGAAGUAUGAAAGAUAAGGCCAAGAUCAAUUUAAGAAAAUAUGAUGUUGGAAACAAAUUCUCCCAUUUGCCACUAGCCAAAGCAUCUGUUCUUAUGCCUCUAAUGGUUAAAGAUGGAAAGCUGCAUGUGCUAUUUACUGUCAGAUCAAUGAAGUUGAGAAGAUCACCAGGGGAAGUGUGCUUUCCAGGAGGUAAAAGUGAGCCAACAGAUAGAGAUGAAAUAGCCACUGCUCUCCGGGAAGCCAAGGAAGAAGUGGGACUCUAUCCAGAGCAGGUGGAGGUCAUCUGUAGGCUUGUACCUGGAAUUGAUAAAGUGGGUUCUUUGGUAACACCUGUUGUAGGAUUUAUAGAGGACACAUUCCAGGCCAGACCUAAUCCAGAUGAAGUGAGUGAUGUGUUUUUGGUGCCGCUGGAGUACUUUAUCGAUCCAUUAAAGUACAUGACCUUGCCUUAUAAAAGAGCAGAUGGUGUUGCAAGUUGGCUGCACAGUUUUGUAUAUGAUGACCCUGAGCGUAAAACAUCACUUAGGAUAUGGGGACUCACUGCACACUUUGCUGUAUUUCUUGCUCUUGUAAUUUUUGAAAAGAAACCUACAUUUGCAGUUCAGUAUGAUUUUGACAACUUAAUUUCAUCCUCUGAGAAGAGUUUCAUGGAGCAGUAUAUGUCGCUAUACCAGGGAAGAAGCAGCAAACUGUGAGCUGUGGGACUGGCACAUCAGUAUAAACAGUUGGUUUAAAUUAUUUUUCAAACUUUACUAUUUGAUUUUCUGAAUGAGAAAUUGUCCCAUUUUAAUGCCUGUAUUGGAUUACAAAAAAUAAAGUGCUGAUAGAUUAAUGAGCCCUAAA